AUGGCUGCGGCGAGGACUCAGGCACUUGUUGGUGGGUAUGAGUGGCGUAUAUGUAUUGCAUGUGGUCAGUCAUUAUCUGCAAAGGAAUUUUCACAUCAUCAACUGCUUAAAAUUGAUUCCAAAUGUAAAGCAUGUGUAGAGCGUUCUACGAUGAAGGACAAUGUACAGUUUAAUCGACUCAAGUGCUGUGUACAGUGCUUUAAGAGCUUGCCAAAGACAAGCUACUCCAAACGACAGUCUCAACUGCUGGAUGCCAAGUGCAGGAUGUGUGUCCAAGAGCUCGAACGCGCCGCUACUGCUUCUCCAGCACACAGCGCAAACAAGUGGGUGUUUGACCAGUAUUAUUGCGUGAGUCAUCGCGGCAAGAACGGAGGUGUGUCAGUCCGCAUGAAACACAACAUUGCAUCCCCUUUGCUUGGUUGUAUCCCUUUGGGGCGCGUCUUCCGUGCCACAGCACCCAUUUGCAAUGAGCAAGGCGAUCCAAUGGUGAGACUUGAGGGACCAUAUCUUCCUACCGUCGUCGUGCGCGCUGAGGUGAAGAUGACAAGCAAAGUGGAAGAUAGAGUCGAGCGUCAGAUUAAGGAGGCUUGGGUGCCCUUUCGAUCGCUUCGCAAUGAAGUUCUGCUGGAAUGCCAUCGAGGGCCAUUUAUAUGCGAUGGCGAUGGCGAUGGCAAGAAUGAACGGCUCAAAAGCCGGUAUUUUAGAUGUGUAGUAGAAGGCUGUAAAGUACGCAAGCGUGCCGAUCUAGCCAUGUCAGAGCUUGGUUACGUACUCUAUGGGGACGUGGUAGAAGUAGUAGAAUCUACUGUAGCUUCGGACGGUUUUGUGUUUCUGCGGUUGCACGCCAGAUAUUUUGAUGGCGCCGCGUGGGUCGUCGAACGCUCAUUAGAUAACGAGUCUGUGAUGAACGAGGUUGAGGGUCCGUGGGUGUCAUCAUCAUCUGCCCCCAGACGUGAAAAGUAUCGAUGCGUACAAGUUUCUGGAGCUCCUGUCCGUGUGGAGCCAGAAUUGACGGCGCCGCCAGUGGGUCGUAUUCUGUGUGGUGCCCUUGUCACUGUUGUGGAGCGUGCUGUAACAGAUCAACGCCAGGUUUUUCUCCGAAUUGUCGACUUGAACGCUUCUCUCACAUGCAAAAAUGAUAUUGAAAGCAAUCGAUGGGUUAUUGAAACUAGCACAUGCUGCUCCAGCGUCAUGAUCAAAGCCACCGUUUCGUGA